UUUUUUUUAAAAAACAAACAAAAACAAAAUAGUAUAUGACAAGAUGCCACUGGCAAGUAAAAUAUAAUCUACAAAGUAAAUAUAAAUACAUGACGUCAAUACAGCAACAACCUAGCCUUUAAUAAACUAUUCUACUUCUCCGACAAAGUAAAUAAUCUUAAGCUAGAAAAUGCAGACGGUGGUAGCCAUGGAUAACGGCAACAGCAACGGCAAACACCAGCUCCAUGUGCUUUUCCUUCCCUAUUUAUCCCCCGGCCAUCUCAUUCCGUUAGUUAACGCCGCUAGGCUAUUCGCCUCUUGCGGCGUUAAAGCCACAAUCCUCACUACCCCUCAAAACGCUUUACUUGUCAAUUCUACCAUAAACGACGACGUUUUAGUUUCCGGCUAUUCAAUUUCAAUCCAUACUCUCCCUUUCCCUUCUGCUGAAGUUGGCUUACCUGAAGGUGUUGAGAAUUACAGCUCUGCCACUUCAGAGGAAAUGCACAGCAAAGUAUUUUACGCCAUUUUUCUUUUACAAAAACCAAUGGAAGACAAAAUUCGUGAAAUCCGUCCCGAUUGUAUCUUUUCUGAUAUGUAUUUCCCUUGGACCGUCGAUAUAGCCAAGGAGCUGAACAUCCCUCGGCUCUUGUUCAACCAGUCCAGCUACAUUUACAAUAGCAUUUUGCAAAAUCUUUUGCUUUACAAACCUCACAAGGAACAGCUGAAACUGGAACAAAAUUCCCAGAGAAGUAGUAGUUUUUUGGUUCCUGGUUUACCGGAUAAAAUCGAGUUGAAGCUAUCCCAACUCACAGAUGAUUUGACAAAGCUCGCCGAUGAGAGGAAUGUUUGGGACGACGUGCUCGACCAAACCCGAGAUUCCGAGGACCGUAGCUACGGUAUUGUUCACGACACAUUUUACGAGCUAGAACCUGAUUACGCUGAUUAUUAUAAGAAGAUUAAGAAGACCAAAUGCUGGCAUAUUGGUCCUAUUUCUUAUUUUUCUUCCAAAAUCCGAAGAAAUGAACUGAUCGCCGACAACGCCGGUGGGGCUAACAACGAUGUUGUAGAGUGGUUGAACGGACAGAAGCCUAAAUCGGUUCUUUAUGUUUCUUUUGGGACUCUAACUAAAUUCCCAGACGACCAAAUUAGUGAAAUCGCCGGAGCUCUAGAGAGUUCAAACGUCCCUUUCAUUUGGGUAGUGAGAAAGCAGACAUUGUUGCCGGAGGGUUUCGAGGGAAAGACGGCGGCGAACAAAAAGGGUUUGAUAAUUAGAGGGUGGGCCCCGCAGUUGACAAUCUUAGACCAUUCUGCCACCGGAGGAUUCAUGACUCACUGCGGUUGGAACUCAGUUCUUGAAGCCAUAACCGCCGGAGUUCCAUUGCUGACGUGGCCACUUUUCGCCGAGCAAUUCUACAACGAGAAACUUGUGGAGGUUGUCGGGUUGGGAGUUAAAGUCGGGACGGAAAUAUGGAGCCCCGGUCUUGAGGUUUCGAGUCCAGUGUUAGGAAGUGAAAAGAUUAAAGAAGCAAUAGAGAGAUUAAUGAAUGGUUCAGAGGAAAGUAAGAAAAUUAGGGAGAAAGCAAUGGCGAUGGAAAAGAUGGCUAAAAAUGCAAUUGAAGAAGGUGGAUCUUCUUGGAACAGUCUCACUGCGUUAAUUGAUGAUAUCAAGAAUUUUAAUUUGUCAUCUACCACGGCUAAUUGAUCUUUACUCAUUUUGGUUAUUUUCCUAAGAUGUAACUUUUGUUGUUAAAAUAAU